AACUUAUUUUUUUGUUUGUUUGGUUAAAAAGACAACUAUGUCUAACAUGUCUGUGUUGGACAGCCAUCAACAACAACAGUCCACUAAACUAUUGAAAUCAAAUGAAACAAACGGUAGUCUACUAACCGAAGUUAAAGUGAUCACCCGAUCGAUAAAAGUGUCCGCAAACGGAAAGCCUAAUAAAGGUUUUGAACUGAUAUGGAGUCAACUGUCCUAUACUAUCGCCAGUUAUUCCCAUAGAUUAAAAUUCUGGGAAAAAACUCAGACAAAAUUAUUACGCGACUUAAGCGGCCGUAUCUGUUCGGGUCAACUGACGGCUAUCAUCGGUCCGAGCGGUGCCGGUAAGACAACGUUCAUCGAAUGUCUGGCCGGUCGGCGGCGUAUCGGCGUAACCGGCGAUAUCAUUGUCAACGGUUCGACCAAAAAUGUCAAACUAGCCUACAAUUCACAGAACGAAGCACUGGUACCACAUUUGACUGUCGAAGAAACCCUAUUGUUUGCAUCAAAACUGAAGAACUAUCAGAUGAAUAGUUUAGUAAAAGUUCGUCUCAUCGACGACAACGACAACGUAUAUAAUGCUACGACAUUUCCCGAUGAAGAUCUACUAAUAAGACUACCCGACAGUACAUAUCAUCAUAAUUUGGUCCGUACUUUGAUCUAUAAUCUGGGUCUUGAAAACUGCUCAAACGUUAGGGUCGGCCAAUGCAGUGGCGGACAACAAAAACGAUUGUCAAUAGCACUUGAACUGAUAUCUUCGCCGUCGAUACUCAUGUUAGACGAGCCGACCAGUGGUCUGGAUUCGGUCUCAUGUCUACAAUGUGUAACCCUAUUACGCAAAUUGUCGCGCAAUGAAGAACCGAUAGCCAUCGCUGCGUCCAUACAUCAGCCGACCGCCCGUAUCCUCUCGUGUUUCGAUCACUUAUACAUACUAUCACUGGAAGGCAAAUGUAUAUACAACGGGCCGUCCAGUAAACUACUGGAUUAUCUCAAUAGUUUCGAUCUACAGUGUCCCCAAUAUCACAAUCCGGCCGAUUAUAUAACCGAAAUAGCCAGCGGUGAUCACGGCGUCGAUAUUAUCAACAAACUGGCCGACGAACAGAAAAAACAAAAACUCAACGACUAUCUGAUCGAUACGAGUGUCAAGAUUACGAAAAUUGGCCGAAAAUCCAGGAAACAGAAAAAAAGUCGGGAACUGUCGAAAACAUGGAUACUAUUCAAGCGAUCGCUACUGAUAUCGUUCAGAGAUCCGACCGACUACUGGCUCAGGACUAUCUCGAGUGUAGCCAUACUGGCCUUGAUAUCGUUACUGUACUAUAAUGCCAGUAUCGGUACGUCCGACGGCUGUUCCAAACAAAAUACAUCCCAAAUACUGGAAAUGGUCCAGAAUUUUGAUCAACUAUUGUUAGCUGAUCCGAAAAAAUCAUCGAUGCUUAACUUUGGUUUCCUAUUUUUUGCACUGGUAUUUGUAUCGUUCAGUACCAUAAUGCCAACCAUAUUGACCCUACCCCUGGAAGUGGGCGUAUUUGUUAAAGAAUAUUUCAACGGCUGGUAUAGUGUCGGGUCGUAUUUUGUGGCCAAAAUGAUUGUCAAUUUGUUGCCCAAUAUUGUUUUCCCACUGAUAUUCGGUAUCCUAUCCUAUCUGAUAACUGCUCAGCUACUGGUGCUCUGGCGAUACCUGUAUUUUGUGGCUAUAGUAUUGAUAAUUGCAUUGCUGGCCGACAGUAUCGGCUUCAUUGUCGGCGCAUCGUUUGUCAACAAUGUAAACGCUGCGGCCAUAACCGGAGCCAUAUUUCAGAUACCGUUAGUCCUGUUUACCGGCCUGUUGGUCAGGAUUAAUAGUCUACCGGAAAUUAUACGUCCGUUUACAUACCUGUCCUAUUUUAGACUGGGUUUCGAAACCCUGAUACUAACCAUAUAUGGUUUCGAUAGGUGCGAACCAGUGAAAGAAAUUACAUUAACAGAUCUGAAACAAACUUUCGGCAACGAUAUAGUCUCGGUUAUGGGUUGUAUACACGAUUCGGGUGUUAUGGACAACAUUACCGCAAAGUUUGAACACUUGUCGGACAGUUAUUACAAAAGUAAUCCGUCGCUUGUCUUACAAGGUUUCGGUGUCACCGAAGAUGACUUUUAUAUUGAUCUAAUAGUUAUGAUUGUCUAUACAAUAGUGGCCAGAAUUCUGGCCUAUUUUGUACUGUCAUAUCAGGCAAACUUGAAAAAAUAA